GUUAUAGUCAGCUAAGCAAAAAGCUCCCAAGUUCUCGGGCUGUCAAACUUAAGCGGUGACAGAGAGAAGACGUGUGCGUUAAAUAUUGUAUAAGUUAAAAUGACGCCGAAAUUUUUAUUUGGAUUGUCGUUGUUAUUGGCGUGCUGUCUUCUGAGAGUAGCGUCGCGGCCGUCUCCUAACGAGUCGUUAGAUAUCUCUGAAGACGAACCGGACUCAAAACUAGCCAGAGCUAUUUUAGAGCGAGUGGAUGGACCUGUUUACUAUCAAGCAGAUACAGAAAAAUAUUUAAACAAAGAUACCACUUUAGAUAUAGUGGAAAAGAUCAAAGCUAUAAAUAACGGUUUAACUAAACCUAGAAGAGAACAAAUAAAUUUAAAUUUACCAUAUGCUGAAAAAAGUCAAGGCAUCGAUCAAGAAUUACUAAAAAAACUCCAAGAUAUUAUUGCUUCAGGGAAGAUUAAAUCAAAUUCGCUUAACCUGCCAGAAGAUAACAAAAUUAGCAGCGAUGAUCAUCAAAUCAUUAAUUCAAGAGCUUUAAAAUUCAAUCCAGAAAUGUUAAUGGGGAACGGAAUACAGAUGAUGCCAUUUCCUUACAUUAUAAAUUUGCCAGUCGUCGUUGCACCUAAUAGCGAUCUUCUUAACAAAAUUGCUGUAAAUAAUAAUUUUAAAUCAGUUUUACCAAACGAUGCAUAUACCACUCGACAGCAAUCGUCUUUUCUAGGUCUUCCAUUUUUGCAGAAUUUUAAUUUUGAAUGGCCGUUAACACAGAGUUUAUUUCCUUUAUUAAUAAAAAAUCCAUUUAUUGCGUUCUCACAAGGAGGUGGAUGGGAAAAUUUUAUCGAAUACGGACAAAGCGCUGAUGUGUGUAAUAGAAAACAAAAGUCCGGACAUAGCAGGCAUUUAUCAGACGAAUUAGAUUUCGACCAGGAAUUAAAUGAUAGCGAUGGAAUUAUGGAUACUUCUUUAGAGCCCAAAAUCAAUGCUAGAAAAUCACGAGCACUUAAAAAGCGCACAAUUGCAGAUAAAUCACCAAGCCAAGAAAUUGAGGAAAGCAAUUCAGGUAAAAAAAUAUACGUCACCAAUCAAACUCCUACAAGAAGGACUACUAAAAAACCAAAUAAUGUUGAAAGGAUUCAAGAUUCUAAAAAUGAUGAUUCUGGAGGAGACUUGCGUUUUCCAUUUGGUGAUUUUAAUUGGUUUGGAGAUAAGAAACCGGCUGUUCCUCUUCCUCCCGGUUUUUUCAUUAAUAGAUUGAGAGUACGGAAAGGCGGAGUGGCUAUUGCUGGUCCUGGAGGUGUUGCGACUGCGGGCAGAGGUGGAACAGCAAUUGUCGGUCCAGGAGGACUAGCUUAUACUCAACCUGGAGGCUUAGCUGUAGCUGGCCCUCAUGCAAGAAUUGUAGCUCUUCCUGAAACAACUGAUAUUAAUGAUGUCUUGUCAAGUCUGCAAGAAAAUGACAGUUCAGUACCUGCAGCAUCGCAACCAAUAAGAGAAGGAAAAUUAGUCGCUACUGGUCCCGUUAUUUACUAUCACCCCACUGAACAACCAAUUAACGCAUUAAAUUUUUUGCCUGUUAGAUUUAACGAGUACAUAAAGAAGAUUUUCCAACCAAGGCAUCUAGAAGAUGGUCAGGAUGUUUACAAUUACGACGGAGUAAACUUUGUCGGACAUACUUUAUCCAAUUCAACAUUCCUCCUUCAUAUAAGCCCUAGAGCAUUUGCUAUUAGUGGUAACAAAGGUGUUGCCAUAUCGAAUCCUUUAUCAAGUGUAAUUGUAAGGCCUGGACAUGUAGGUUCUAUAGUGCAUAAGCCUCAAGCUGUAGCGAUAGUUGGACCCGGGGGGGUAGCUCACGCAGAAUCAGAACAAUACAUACCAUUCUACGGUGGUGCGAAAGGUCAAUACUUAGAAGUUAAAAAGGAUACCAGAGGCACUGUAUUGAGCGAGAAAGUUGUCGCGGAAAAGAGCAUAAGUCCCGAACAUAUCAACAAAAACAAUAAUGACAACGUUUUAUCUAAAAUACUAGCAGUUAACUUAGAAAAUCUCAGAACUUUAUCGGGCAGUCUCAUAAAAUUGCAAAACUUAGGAAGAAAAACUGGAUCCUUAGGUACACAAGAAAAAGCUAAAUUUAAAAGUGAUUUACUGAACUUGGGCGAAGCAGCCUCAAACACGAUUAAGUUAAUAGAUGAGGUCGCUGACGAUAUUGAUGUCCUUUUCAAAAAAAACACAACCAUUUUAAGGAACAAACAGGAAGACGACUAUUAUGAUGAUGUCGGUGAGGAAGGGAUAGGAAUUGACAGCGCUUCUGAAUCGGAAGGAAGUAACAUGGACAAAAGUCUAGUAGCUGAAGCAAAGCCAGUUGGUUUAGCAGUGAUAGCAGAGAGUGGUAUAGCAGCAUCUCGUCCCAUGGGAACAGCUGUAGCAACCAGUGGAGUAGCGAUUGCACGACCAAUAGGAACAGCCAUAGCUGGUAUUGAUCCGAGCUUGCUAGGAAUAGAUUUCAACGCCCAUAAUGGCAGAAAACUCAGAAUUAAAGGAAGAACCUACUGAAAUAGACAGUAUAUGUAGUGAACAGCAAUACACAAAUGAAUACAAGUCAUAGAUUUUAUAAAGAAAAGAAAUUCUUCAGAAACAAAAAAUGAAAGAAAGACACGAACUUUGUUUAAAUAAUUAUGAUAUAUUUUUUUGUAUCAAACAAAAUGCACAUUAUUGUAACAUCAUAAAAAAUGAAAAUAUAUAUUUU